GCCAUCUUGGAUUUAAAAUCGCUGAAAAAUAGGAAACCGCUAAAACCUUAAAUAUGUCUAUAUUUAUCUAACGAUCUAUUCAAUAACUGGUGUAUUUCCAUAGCUAGAAUAGUAAUCAAUUGUUAUAUACAAGUUUUACACGACUACAUUGGUAAGUUUUCAUGGAAAAGGAUAUUUUAGAGUUGCUUUGAUAAUUUUAUUUUUUCAAUAAUUUUUCAUUUUUGCACAAAAAUCAAAAUGGAAUAUACAAUGCACACGAAAUUCAGAAAUCAAAUCGAAUGACGAUAUAUUAUUUAAAGAAAGCCUCACUAUUUUCAAUCAAUUUAGUUUCAUUUUCUCCUCUCUCAUUCUUCAAGAUGGCCUACUAUAAUUACAACUUGAUCUAUUCUUGCUUUCCACUAGUCAAUUUAGAAACCAUGGCAAUCUCUGAAUUCAUUGAACCCCUAAGUUUAUUGAUGUGGUUUGUGCAACUCAAUGUCGCAUGGCCAGAUUAGAUUUCAAAGGGGGUUUAUUUGAGUUUUUUUUGAGCUUGACUUUUGUUCAUAACACAAAGGCUAAAAGAAAACAUACUUGAUAAUUGCUACUUGUAAUGUUCGGUCAGAUAGAUAUGUCCUUGAUAACUGGUUGUAUUGAUACUCCUUGGGUAGGGAUCUAGAAAUAGAUUGGACACUCAAUUUACAAUGAAUAUGCACUCAUUAUUAUUGUGCUUGGUCAGCAUGUUUAACGAGUCAUGUUGCUUUGCUGCAAGUAAUGAGUGAAUUGAAUGGUGACUUGAGGUGUCCAAUUGUCAUGUCAUGGUUGGCAAAAUUUGUGAGACCUACCAUGAUAACUCUAGGUUAAUUUUGGCAUUUUUGGUCAUAAUGAUACAGAAUUGAAGCAAAUUCAAAAUUAUCAGAAACAAAAUGCAUAUAGAGUAGCAGACCUCCCUUUGGCAGAUGACUUCUCCCGAUGCUUUGCUGUAGUGGACUUGUGUUCAGAAGCAAGAAACACCAAGUUCACAUUCCACAAUUGCAUAUGAAAGAUGCAAUUUUGAAGUGUUUGAAGGCCCCUUUCUCAAAACUAUUAAAUAUCCCAUUGUAAAGAUUUGCCCCAUUGGCCCUCAUCCUCAAUAUGGUUUCUUGCUGGGAUGUCACUGGUGUGAAUGAACAAUAAAAAAAAACUAUAUCCAGACCACAAAACUGUAUUAUUCCAGUGAUACAGCUUUGACCAAUUUGAUGCUCAGUAUUAUAUUUUAAAGCUGUACAUCCCACCAGGAAAAUCAUACUCUGUCCCUACCAUUGUCCAAGCUUGUGAUGUCACUGGGAUAAGUAAAAAAAAAAUUCCCUGUCUAUCACACGUAGGCUUCAACCACCCAAAUCCCAUUUAUUCCAAGUUCCCAUUGGUUUACAAGGCCCGCCAACAAACUAUUUUCAGACCAGAGGCAGAGAGAUCGACAUUCAAUCAUGAUUGACUGAACAUAUUAUUGACAAAGGAAGCCUUACAAUCCAUAAACAAAAUCUACUGAAAUCCAGAAGGAAGACCUUGCAACAACUGAUCAGAUUGAUGAUAAACAUCGACGACCUGAACCUAACUACAAAAUCAAAUAAAAGAUCACAUAGUAUCCAAGUAGAGGGAUCAAAUCUGUACAUCAUCAAGUACAAUAUUCAAGAAAGGAUUAGUCUGAAGACACAACUGCCAUACAUCUGAACAUCAACAUGGCCCAACAAGGAGAUGACUGCUAUUUUUUCUACUACUCCAGUUGUUCAAAGGGAGAUAUGUGUCCAUUUCGCCAUUGUGAAGCUGCCCUAGGUAAUGAAACUGUAUGUUCCUUAUGGCAAGAUGGAUGCUGUACAAGGAGAGUCUGCAAGUUUAGACACAUGGAGAUAAAGAAAGACCGUUCAUUGGAGCAGUGUUACUGGGAGACACAACCUGGGGGAUGUACCAAGCCCCACUGUGCAUUCAGGCAUACAAAAUCUGAUGACAUCCUCCCGGCUUCAAACCACAUAGUAUCUGUCACCAAUGCUACCACAUCUGCCAGCAGUUUAGCUGAAUCAUUUGACCGUCUAAUAGCAAAGCCACUAGAGAUGAAGGUAAAGAAAAGACUGAGUAUUGAAGAGGAGCAGAUACCAAGCCCCAUUGUACAACCUGUUGUCAUUAAUCCACUGUCCGAUGAAUCAGAUGCGGAGAGUUCAUCAGGACAUACACCUGUGAAGAAGAAGCCUCCAGUUCGCCUAAAGGAGGUCACUGUACCCAGCCAGCCCACAUUUAUACAGACUAGGCGCUCUUCUGAUGCUACAGAUAUCACAGAUGUAAACGUUGAGAUCAAGUCAUUAGAGCAGAUAAGAAUGGAGAAGUUGGCCAGAGCUAAAGCACAACUUGCUGAGUUUGGAGAGUUUGAAGAUUACCUUGUAGAAGAUGAGGAGGAUCAGAGGUUCAUACAAGAUGAAGUCUCUACUGUUUCCUCUAGAAUAUCUCACAGACUUGGUCCAUCAACAGAGUUUGAUUCCCAUGAUUCCCCACCAGCUAGGAAUGUUAUAUCUCAACCAAUUAAAGCAUCAAAGUCGCGGGUUGUUCAUCCGAAACUUGCGCCUCCUCCCAUUCCCCAGACACGUAUCAAGCCGCCACCUGGACAAAGUACCAAAACAAAAAUAGGAAUAAAGAAAUCAGAGUCGAGAAAUCCAGUUAAUAUUGGAGUGCGCACUUUGGCUGAGAUUAAAAAGUCAAAAAUCAAACAGAAUGAUAUCAGUGACAAAUUAAAAAAUGAUGAUAGAAUUGCCAGGCGACGUAUUGCAUUAGCAGAAACAGGUGUAUCUAUACGAGAAAAGCGCCUGUUGAACAAAGAUGAUGACAAACAGAUUGGCAAUGAAGAUGAAGACAUUCUACAAAUGGGAAGGAGUAAGAGACAGAAAAUUGAUAUUUCCAAGAGGCUGGGCAUUAAUGAAAACUCACAAGAGAAGGUGGCUGCAGAGACUGUUGAGGUGAAAGUCAAAAGUCUUGAUGAGAUCAGGCGAGAGAAAGCUUUGCUCUCCAUGCAGAAGAAGACAGAGGGUAGUGCCUCAUCUAAUGGUGAUAAUACAGAUGUAGACACCACUAACAAGCUUGAGAGUGAAACUAUACCCAAACAUGAAUCAAGAUCUGUACCAGUGGAGCAAAUCAAAAUAAAAACACUUGCACAAAUCAGAGAAGAAAAGAAGAAAAGUUCAGAAAAACCAGUAGAAAUAAAGAUCAAGACUUUAGAAGAGAUUCGCCAAGAGAAGGCACUGAGACUGGGGAAUACAUCUAAUGGUGACCAAGACACAUCACCAAGAUCUGAUGUGAAAAAGCAGAAAAUCUCAGUGAAGAAGGUUUUACCGAGAGUCAGACAAUUGUACCAGCCACCUAAAUCAAGAGAUGCUGAAAGUAGUUCUAAAAGCCCUCCAAAGAAAGCAAGCCAAUUAGAUGAAAAUCCUGGGAACACAAGCCCUGUCAAAUCCAGCAAGAAAAUUAACUCUAUAUGGAGUAAGAAACCUGAUUCAAGUCAAACUGUAGAGGUGGAUACACCUAAACCAACUGAAGCUAAGUCAACCAAUGAAAUUAAGAUCAAGACAUUUGCUGAGAUAAUGGCUGAGAAGAAACAACGACAAAAAGAGAUGCAUAAUUCCAGUGCAGUUUCAGAGGCUGAUCCUAAGCCAACUAUGAAAAGGAAGUUCACUCCAGUUGUGUUUGAUCUUGAUGCUAAAGGUUCAGACAGUACUAUAGGCCAUAGGAGCACCAGUCAACAAAAUAGCAAAAUUACUCCAAGUUCUAAGCCUGUAGGAGCUGUAGCCAGACAAACUAGAAAAAUUAAACUAAAUAAAAAUAUAGCUAAAGUUAUGCCUAGAACAUCAGCUGAAGCAAACAAUCAAGAAAAUAACAGCAACUCAUUAUCCUCAAGUAUGUCUAGUAAUAAAGAUGUCACAACGGCCAGCACUCGGACUAACUUACCUCAGGGUAUUGUGACAUCAUCAACAGAUAAUGAUACACAAGAAAAGCUAGUAACAUCAUCAAAGACUUCAUCAGUAUCUGUUGAACCAGAGAUCUCAAAAAUAAAUUCCCAAACUCCGUCGGGCACAGUGGAUAGUACCCCCACUCCUAGUACCCCCUCUCCCUCUGUUCAGACACCCCCUAGAGCUUUGUCUCCUCGGGUGUCAAGCUCUACAUUUAAGAGGAAGAUCUCUCCUAGUGUCAGUAGGCAGCAUUCUAAUAACAGUGAUAGGAUGCACAGUGCAGAAAAGAAAUCACGCAAUCCGAGCUCCAACGCUGAUGAUGAUCUAGACCAGUUACUGAAUGAGAUAGGAGAUAAUGAGGACCCAGUUCCACUUGAGGAGAGUAAGUCUGCAGACGAUCUCCUUCUGGAGCUGGAGGAACUGCUAGAGUGAUACAUCUGUACAUAAAUUGUAUUAAUUGACAAUUCACUUGGGAGUUGUUUUACUGUAUAUUCGUCAUAAUGACAGCAUUGAAAAUUAUGGAUUUGACAAGAUGAAAUGAAAUGCUCAAAUAUGGAUGUGAGGAUUUUAAAUAUAUUCCAGCAUUACCUUACAAUUACAUGUAUAAAAUUGUGGAUUUGAGAAGAUGUGACAAUAACCCUCAAAGGAUUUGACGUGUAUUCAGAAUGAAUGUGACAGUCUAACUUCAACAAAACAUAGGUUACCAUUCAUGCAUAAAACAAUGUCUCAUUUAGAGACAUGGAUUUUGGGAUAUAUGAAAAGAUGCUCAAGGUGAACUGCUAUCAUUAAACCAAACAUUAUUACAUCACAUGUGGAAUUUUUCAUAUAGUUGAAUAUGCUCAAAGAUUGAUGUGAAACGAAAAAUGUAAUGAUUAUUGAUGUAGCAUAAAACGGUAUGUUAAGGCUGGCAGAAAAGAAGUAAUUUGGCCGACUAAUUGUGACGUUUCAUACCUAAAAUCUUAGUUUGAAAAACAGUGUGCUGAUUUUAAGGUGGGCAGAGAAGGGAGUAAUCUAAGUAAUUGUGACCUUUUAUACACCAGGCCAAGAUUUGUCCCCCUCUGACUACCUCAAAGCUUUGAUUUUGUAUAAAAAAGUGCUGAUUUUAAGGAGUAAUCUGACUAAUAUGACAUAAUAUUAUGCAAGACUCCAAACUCACAAUUAUGUUGAUAAGGCAUAAAAUAAAGAUAACAAAACAACUUAUCUGGUGAAUGUACAGAGAAAUAACAAUGAAAAGCAGCUAUUAUUGUAUUUUGUUUGCCAUACUACAGUUAACAUUCAAACACAAUCUCCAGUGAAGAUAAUAUUAGUAUGCGCUUAUUUAGGCUGCAUUUUUGUACAUGAUUUUUGACCGCAAGAAAGAUUUUUAUCCUAAAAAUUAGCUAGAUUGUGGUUAGACUGUGUGAUACUCGCUGUUAAAACAGCUUAAAUUUUACGAAACUGUAUCAAAUUCACUUUCUCCGCGGUCAUACAAAAAUACACCUU